AUCAGCUGUGAAAAAUUGGCGCAGAGCGUGACGCAGCUCAGCGAGACUGCGAAAUUCGUUUGUCGUGACGGGUGACGUUUCGACUUUUGCGUCAAUAAGAGAUUGAGAAAAAAUAUGGCUUCGAAUGCCGAAUUUGAGCCGCUAGAAGCGUCUGUGCGAAACGUGAUUGAUCAACGAUCGUUGAGAUGGAUAUUCGUUGGCGGAAAAGGAGGUGUUGGGAAAACAACGUGCAGCUGCUCCUUGGCCAUCCAGCUGGCUAAAGUUCGCGAGAACGUCUUGAUCAUUUCCACAGAUCCUGCGCACAAUAUAUCAGAUGCGUUCGAUCAGAAAUUCAGCAAAGUACCCACAAAAGUCAAAGGAUUUGAUAAUCUAUUUGCCAUGGAAAUCGACCCCAAUGUUGGUAUCACAGAACUACCUGAAGAAUAUUUUGAAGGCGAAGCUGGAGUCAUAGGAGGAGAAGCGAUACGUUUGAGCAGAAGCGUGAUGCAGGAGAUAGUCGGCGCUUUUCCUGGAAUAGACGAAGCUAUGAGCUAUGCCGAAGUAAUGAAGCUCGUGAAAGCAAUGAACUUUUCGGUCGUUGUAUUUGAUACUGCACCAACCGGUCACACUCUGAGAUUGUUGUCCUUUCCACAAGUUGUAGAGAAGGGUUUAGGAAAAUUAAUGAGACUGAAAAUGAAAAUCAGUCCCUUCAUAUCUCAGAUAGGUUCAUUGUUGGGUAUGUCGGAUAUCAACGUCGAUACAUUUUCCAAUAAAAUGGAAGAAAUGCUGGCAGUAAUUCGUCAAGUGAAUGACCAAUUCCGGGACCCAGAGCAAACAACUUUCGUCUGUGUUUGUAUAGCCGAAUUUUUGUCCCUCUAUGAAACAGAAAGACUGGUUCAAGAGUUAACAAAAUGCGGCAUUGACACCCACAACGUUAUUGUAAACCAAUUGCUAUUCUUAAAAGAAGGUGAUGUGCCUUGCCGACUCUGCCAGGCCAGGCACAAGAUUCAGGACAAGCAUUUAGAUCAGAUUACAGAUCUGUACGAGGACUUCCACGUGACGAAACUGCCAUUGUUGGAACGCGAAGUUCGCGGAGUUCAACAUAUAAAAGAAUUUUCCGAGAACUUGGUUAAACCGUACAAGCCGUAACAUUAACAUUUU